ACACACAAUCUCUCGCCCUCUCUCUCCUACUUCUACUUCAAACGAUCAUCAUGAAGGAACUCUGCCUCCUCCUUCUCCUCCUCCUCCUGGCUGCCGCCAGCGGCGGGCUGCCGCCAGCGGAGGUGAGGGAGGUGUACGGUAACGGCCAGAUCUUCGACAUUACCCACGGGCUGAAACCCAACCUGUGCAAGUUCGGUUCGGCCGGCGGGGUGGGCCCGGUGUAUACGCUGGUGCAGAGCAUAAAGAACGGCUCGGCGGUUAACGAAGGCGAGAUCAACCGGUUGGGGACCCACACCGGGACCCACGUCGACACGCCGGGACAUUUCUACCAGGACUACUACGACGCCGGCUACACCCUCGAGUCCCUCGACAUGGCCGUCCUCAACGGCCCAGCAUUGUUGGUUGAUGUUCCUAGGGACAGUAACAUUACUGCUAAAGUUAUGGAGUCACUGCAAAUCCCAAAAGGAACCAGGCGUGUGUUGUUCAGGACUCUGAAUACCGAUAGGCGUUUGAUGUACAAGACGGAGUUCGAUUCGAGCUUUGUCGGGUUCAUGGCCGAUGGGGCACAGUGGCUUGUGGACAACACAGACAUCAAACUUGUUGGAGUUGAUUACAUAUCUGUUGGUGCCUUUGUCGAGGAUGGUCCGGCUCAUCUAGCUCUCCUGAAGAGCAGGGAAAUCAUUGUCGUUGAAGGCAUGAAGCUUGAUGACGUUGAAGCUGGGCACUACAAUGUUCAUUGCUUGCCUAUCAGGCUGGUUGGAGCUGAUGGAGCGCCAGCAAGAUGCAUUCUCAUCAAGAACAAGCUCUAUACCACCAUGAGUUUUGAAUCUGGCGGUCUCGAAUUUAAAUCUUUUUAAGUAGUACCCUGUCACAAAUAAAGUAAAACAUAUAUCACUCUUAUAAAAAUAAAGAGAUGUAUUCUCAUUAAAUAACCAUCUAUGUGUAACGUAAUAUGCUCUGCUGUAAUUUAAAGCAAUACCUACUUGAAUAUGUGUUGAAAGGUAAGUUUAUCUUCUAUUAUGAUAUCAAAGGACAGUCUCAUGUGCAAUAAGUUCGAAUAAUGAGUUGAAUGAC